ACAUUCGAUUGUUCCCCACUGGUGUUCUGUUCACUACAAUACUACUCAAAAGGAAAUAAGCCAUAAUGAUAAACUCAUUAAAACAAAAAAAACAGAUAAAGAAUUAUUUACCCAUUACUCCAAUUUGAUUGGUUAAUUAUGAUACACCAAUAAAUUUCCCCAGUUUCCGCCCGAUUUUAUUGAUUUUUUUUCUUCAUUUGAUUGAAAAAAAAUAUUAUUUAUUCAAUAAUUAUUUAAUUAAUAAAUAGUCUCAUGACAACUACAAUUAAUACAACUACUGCUACUACUACUACAACAACAGUAUCCAACUUUAUAAAAAUUUCCCUUGGCUCCUGAUCCUCCUCCUCCUCCUCCUCCUCGUGGCCCCCCACCAAAGAAAAACACACAUAUAAUAAAACAUAAUUAUAAUGCAAUCGAAACAAAAUUCAUUUCAUAAAUAUCCAUCCUUUGUAAAAUCACCUGAAGAAUUUGAAAAACUUUUAUUACAAUGUCCAUUUAUGUCAAUAAUUCAUUCAACAAAAAUAAAUAAAAAUAAAUUCAAUCAUAAAAUAAAUAAAAAAUCAAUAAAUAAUCAACAAAAUCAAUUAAUUAAAUCCAAUGAUAUUCAAUUACAUAAUCAAUUAUCAAUUAUAUCAAAUGAGAAUUGUAUAGAAAUAAAUCAAUCUAAAGACAACUCUUCUAAAAACGAAGAGAUGAUCAUAAAAGAUACAAAAAUUAAUCAUAUAGAAUAUCAUCCCGAAAAUCAUAAUGAACAAACGAUUACUAACAUAAACUACUUAAAUUCAUUAAGUAGUAUAAAAAAAUCACGUUUAAUUAAAGAAUUUAAUUCAUUAUCUAUAGAUGAACAAAAUGAAGAGAAUGAAUUACGUUAUAAACAAUUAAAUAAAUUAUAUGAAUUAAUUCAAUCAGAUCCAGGGCGUUAUGGACAAUUAUCCAUUGAAAAUAUUAUUGAACAAAUGAAUCAUUUUUAUUUAUAAACAAAAAAACAAAAAAAAAAACAAACAAAAAUAAAAAAAAGUUUUUUUUUUUGUAGUACAAUGUAAGUGUAAUUGAAUGUUGAAUGAAUGCAAAUGUUUACGGGAAUGAAAAAAAAUAACGGAACAAAACAAACAAACAAACAAACAAACGAAUGAACAUCCUAUUGACUCUAUUCAUUAGAUGUAGUUACAACCCUAUUCAUUCUACAUAGUUUGAUUGUUAUUAACGAAUAAACAUUGUAGACAAAAGUAUAUAUAUAUAUAUAUAUA